CCGGCUUGGAUGUUUCAGUGGAACAACGUGGAGUGAGGCUUGAGAUUGAAAUCAUAGCUAUCUAGGGCUAAUGCCAGUGUACUUUGUGUUAUGAGUGAGAGUAUCAACUGGCAGUUGUGAAAAUGCAGAUAUCCAGCGUGAAUGACGUGAAGAUAUAUAAUUUAAGCCACGGAAAAUCUCUACCAGAGUGGCUCUCAGACAGGAAGAAAAGAGCCUUGCAAAAGAAAGAUGUUGACGUCCAGCGCAGGAUAGAACUUAUCCAGGAUUUCGACAUGCCCACAGUCUGCACCUCCAUAAAGGUGUCUCGGGAUGGACAGUACAUUUUGGCUGCAGGCACCUACAAACCCAGGAUUCGUUGUUAUGACACUUACCAGCUGUCCCUGAAGUUUGAAAGGUGUCUGGAUUCUGAUGUGGUGGCUUUUGACAUCCUAUCUGAUGACUAUUCCAAGCUUGUGUUUCUGCACUGCGAUCGCUACGUGGAGUUCCACUCUCAGCACGGACACUACUACAAGACACGUAUUCCCAAGUUCGGACGGGACUUCUCCUACCACUACCCCUCCUGUGAUCUCUACUUUGUGGGCGCCAGCUCUGAGGUUUACAGGCUGAAUCUUGAGCAAGGCCGUUUCCUCAGCUCCUUACAGACAGAUGCAGUAGAGAACAAUGUGUGUGACAUCAACCCCAUCCAUCACCUGUUUGCUACGGGAACAGCAGAGGGUAAGGUGGAGUGCUGGGAUCCUCGGACCCGGGGCCGGGUGGGCAUCCUGGACUGUGCCUUGAGCAGCGUUACCGAGGGAACAGAGGUGGAAGGCCUGCCAUCUAUCAGUGCCCUCAAGUUCAACGACUGUCUGAACAUGGCAGUUGGGACAAGCACUGGACAGGUGUUGCUGUAUGAUUUGCGCUCCAGUUGCCCUCUGCUGGUGAAAGAUCAUUACUACGGCCUACCCAUCAAGUCCCUAAAUUUCCAAAACCAGCUGGACCUGGUUCUGUCUGCUGACGCAAAGAUCAUCAAGAUCUGGAACCGGGACACGGGCAAAGUGUUUUCCUCAAUCGAGCCCCAGCAUGACAUCAAUGAUGUGUGCGUGUAUCCUGGCUCAGGAAUGCUGUUCACAGCCAACGAGGACCCCAAGAUGAAUACAUUCUACAUACCUGCCCUGGGCCCCGCCCCACGCUGGUGCUCCUUCCUGGACAACCUGACGGAGGAACUGGAGGAGAACCCGGAGAGCACCGUCUACGAUGACUACAAAUUCGUUACCCGAAAGGACCUAGAAAACCUGGGUCUCUCUCACCUGGUGGGUUCAGCCCUUCUGCGAGCCUACAUGCACGGUUUCUUCAUGGACAUCCGACUCUACCACAAGGUGAAGACGAUGGCGAACCCGUUCGCCUAUGAAGAGUACCGCAAGGACAAGAUCCGACAGAAGAUAGAGGAGACGAGGACACAAAGAGUGCAGGUCAAGAAGCUGCCCAAGGUGAACAAGGAGCUGGCCAUCAAGCUGAUGGAGGAAGGAGACGAUGAGGAGGAGCAGGCUGGCAGGAAGAAGAAGGGCAAGGCCAUGCCCAGUAUCCUCAGCGACAACCGUUUCAAGGUGAUGUUUGAGAACCCCGACUACCAGGUGGACGAGCAGAGCGAGGAGUUCCGCCUGCUCAACCCCAUCGUGUCCAAAGUGAGCCAGAAGAGGAGGAAGAAGCUCCGCCUCCUGGAGAAGCAGGCCGCAGCCCAACAGAGGGAGGAGGACCAGGAGGAGGAGGAGGAGCCGGAGGGGCAGGCCAGCUCAGAGGAGAGCUCCGACGACGACAAGAGCUGGGUGGAGGAGGUGCGGGAACAGCGGCGCCUCCUGCGGGUGGAGGAGAGGGACCGCAGGCGGCAGGAGAGGAAGCAGCAGGACCGGGACGCCAGCCUGCAGAGCGGCGCCCCGAACCCCGAGCCCCGCUUCUUCCAGAUCAAGGCCGGGGAGGAGUUCCGCAGCUUCGGGGAGGCGGCACGCAAACAGAAGCUGCAGAAGGCCUCGCUGGAGGACCGGCUGAAGUUGGAGGAGCACUCCGGGACCCUCACCGUAGCCGACUCGACGGUCGGCAGCAAACAGCUCACUUUCACCCUCAAGAAGUCGCAGCAGCAGCAUCGUCAGCAGCAGGCAGAGCGGGAGCAUCAGGAGGAGAGGAGGAAAGUGAGGCGGUCCGCCGGACACCUGCAGACCCGCGGGCGCGGGCGUGGCUGGGGGCGGGGCAGGGGGCGGUACUGAGGGAGAGGUGGAAUUCUCCUUCGAUGAACUGGCUCACAGUUAGGGGAGUUUGGUGUGACCUCUCACAGAGGACACACGGCUAUGUACAGUUGCUCAUAGUAAUUUUAAAAACUUUUGAUAUUUUUUUGGUAUCGUGCCAGAGAAGCUAAUUGUGAAACCCACUUUCAGGUCAUUGGACAGAUGACUGUGCAUGUUCACAUUUGUCAGGGAAGUCUGUGUUCUUCAAAGAAUGUAAAGGAUUACUCUGUAAUUGGACUUGAAUUUAUUAUGCAAUCUAUUAAUCUGGCAGUAAGUAUGCUGAAGAAAUUAAUGUUGUUCAUGGAGGAGUCAGUACAGAACUGUCAUGUAUGUAUGUGUAAGUCUGUGUCUGUGGAGGCAGGAGUCUUCAACAGCCCUUCCUGAAAUUUGUCUUCUGUUGAGAUAAAACAGGUGUGCUCAGUGUCAGACAUGGACCAUAAAUUUUUUAAGCCCAACUCUCCCUGCUGUGUGUCUUCAUUACCCCACCUUUCCCAUCUUGAAUAAAUUAAGAACCUCU